CUCCAUUCCAAACCUCAAACCCCACGCGACAGCUCCACUCCGGCACCGGCAGCAAAGCGCAAAACCUCGUCGCCGAUGACUCGCAUCACCGCGCCGCAGCCGCCGUCCUCGCCCCCGGACUCCCCGCCACCACUGCGCCGCUCCCCGGCCCCGUCCACCCCGCCCUCGCGCGGCCGCCGCCACUCCCCGUCCCCGUCCCUCGCGCUCACCCCUUCCUCCUCCGCCUCCGCCUCCACCUCCGCCACCUCCUCGAGGCCCAAGCCGCGCCCGUCGCCGAAGAGGACCUACUCUCCGGCGCAGUGGGUCCCUAUCCGCUCCCACCCGGCCGUGUCGCUGCGAGGCGGAGGCGGCGGCGGGGGCGUCGCGUGGGAUGCCGCCGCUUCCCGGCUCUACGUCUGGGACCCUUCGGCGCGCGCCGCGCACCGGAUAUGCGUCCGGAUUCGCGACGCGGAGGCGGGGAAGGACGGGGAGGAGGAGGUCGCCGUGGAAGCCGCCGUGCCUUCGGAGAUGUUGAUGCCAGAGGCGGAUCUGGGUUACGAGGUCACUCAAAUAUCCCUUAAUACUGAUGGUUCAUCACUACUCCUAGCUGGAUCACACAACAUUUAUGUUCUGUAUGUACAUGAGAGGGUAUCAGAAAAUGGUGAUACAAUCAUAUGCAGGGCCGCACCAGUUGCUUCUCAGAUCUUACCUACCAACAACAAUGGCAUAAAAGUGCUGCAGGCAUCCUGGCAUCCUUUUAGCAGCAGCCAUUUUGGAAUUUUGACAUCAGACGCUGUUUUCAGGUUAUUUGAUCUGUCCUUUGAUUUAGAGAAACCAGAGCAGGAAUUUUAUUUGCAACCAAUCCUGCCUGGAAGAUGUCAGAAUGCUUCUUCAAUUUGUCCAGUAGCAUUCUCUUAUGGGAGUGAUCAUCUGUGGGAUAGAUUCUCGGUUUUCAUCUUAUUCAGUGAUGGUUCAAUUUUUGUGCUCUGUCCCAUUGUUCCAUUUGGAAGUGACUACAGUAAGAGAAGCAUUGAAGAACUUUAUGAAGAUGUUAAUACAUUUGGAUUGAAAUCUUCAAAUACAAAUGUUGUCACGAACUCACAUUUGGCCAUUGCAUGGUUAGAGGCAACAUUCCCUGAGUUAUUACGUCAAUCAGCAGAGACCAGCACACUUAUGUCAAGAGCUCGUCCAUAUGCCCCAGUAGAUGAUUCUCUAACUCUACAGGGGCCUCUUUGUAGAGUUUGCGAGGAAAACAGUGAACUUGAAGGCAAGAGCAGCUCUUGUGAAGGUAAAGCUGUGGGUUUUUUGUACAGCUCUGCUGGCAAAGAUUCAGUUCUUGUGACUGCCUGGGGUAGUGGACAGCUCCAGAUUGAUGCUCUAGCUGAUGAAAUUCAACCACAAUGGAGCAUUGGGUUUCCUACUCGCCUUAAUGUCGAUUCUCAUGGGCACCUAAAGAGUGUUGCUAUGAUAUGUGACUCUAAUCCACAAGAUCCAUGGGCCCUGAAAUCACAUCCCUUGUCCAGUACGGGAUCAAAUGCGAAGAGCAAUACAGAAGCUGUCUGGAUGGGACACUCUCCUCCAUUGCUAAGAGUCGCAAUUGUGGAUUUGGCACUGCCAAAAACUUCCAACGGUAGCUCUUUAUCGUUGUUUCUGGACCCCCUUGUCCCAGAGAGAUUUUAUUGUGCACAUGGUGGAGGACUUGACAUGGUCACAUUGCACUUCCUACCAUUUUCAUACCCCGAAAUGGUUUCAACACCACCAUCGGUGCAUCCUGUACUCACUACAGGCAACAGUGAUACAAAUUCUCCUUUCCUUUCUGGAUUUGCUGCCAUAGCCGAUGCGUAUGGCCAUGUUCAGUUAGUUGGUAUCACAUACACUGGUGAGUGCUUUGUGGUGGAGAUGAAGGGUUGGAAAGAACCAACACCUCUUCAGCUCGACAUAUAUAGCAAAAACACCAAGGAUGUUGAAUCUUCCACAACAGGAAUGAUCAGCAAAGAGCUUAUUGCUGGUCCAGAUCCACCCAUGCUUCCAUCUUCAUCAAGCCUGAGGUCGUUGACUCCUGACUCCAUUGAAGGGAAGUCAACACUUCAUCACUAUAUAAAGGUUUUUCACGAGUAUUAUGUGGAGUAUGGCCACAAGGUUUUCAUUGAGCUCAAGGAACAUGCGGAUUAUGUGAAGACAGAGAUUGAAGACAAACAGAAACGUUUACAAGCAGUGAAGCAAUCACUUCUAUCCAUAGAAGCUAAAGACCAGGACAUCAGCAAGCGGAUAGAUAGGGCCUCCAAGGUAUAUGACCUGUUGGAAAAGCGCAUAGAAAGCUUCAAGAUGCUGCCUGCUGCAAACAAGAAACCACUGUCACAAGCAGAGCUGGAGUUCAAGUCACAGCUUGAUAGGUUUGCAGACGUGGAAUUGGAUGCUUUGCGUUCUUCCAUUUCUGCUCAGAGCGCAAGGAUGAAACGGUUUGCCCACCCGUCCUUGGGUGGUGCUCCUGGCACAGGAAUGCCACCAUGGCAGACACCAAAGGGUGGAAGAAGCCAUGUUUCAGACUCCCAGAUGUCGCUGAUGAAAUCUUCACUCAAGAGGCUCUCGCUCCUCAAUGAUGAGAGCAACCAGAAGCUACGGCUCAUUGAACAUGAACUCAAGAACCAGGAACAAUAGGUCUGACCACAACCAUGAACAAUACGGUCCUUGCUGAUUGUGUGCUUUCAUGCAUUUUCUAUCAUCGCUCAAGGAUGAAACAUGAAUGGUAGAGGCAUGUUGACUCCACCCCUGAAUGCAGCAUAUCAUCUUUCGUGCAAAGUCUGCUGGGACACAUGUGGAGAACAGCCGAGCAAGCAAGUACAACUGCCCAGCAAAUGCAUAUCAACGUGAUGUAGCUACCGGCCAUAACCUAUUGAUAACUUGCCUCUGUAGUUAUUUUUACUUACUGGGGAUUUCGUCUUGGCAUUAUCUACUGCGCUACAUUGCUUAGCCGAGACAUAUCCAAUGGCACAAAAUAAGUGUCAAGUAAAUGACCGUGUUUUGCGUGAUAAGCGGGUGGCUGAUUGCAUCCCAAACUCUCAAGUAUGUCCAAGCAGGAUCAAGUCAGUGGUUGAUAACGUGGUUCACGGUCAGUCACUAUUUGAAUGUACAACUGUUACAGAUAGGUGUUAACUUAAUAAGAAGCUUGUACAAAUUGUGGUGGCUUUUGAGAGAAA